ACUACUUCACAAAAAUUACUGGUGCAAUUGUCAUAAAGAACUUAUUUCAAAGCAUCAAAAACAGUGAUAUUUCUAAACAACGAAAUACAGGAUCAUAUUUAAUUCAAUGUGCAUGCGAAGAUCUUCUUUCAAUCGCAAUUGAUCUGGCAAAUAAUUAUGCAAAUAUUAAACUUAGUCACAAAUAUCUUCAUCAACAACCAAUGCAUAUUUCUGUAUCAGAACAAGUUAAACAAUAUAUACAUGAGAAUUUAGUAUUUAGAGUAUCAGAGUUACACUGUAAAAUUAUAUCAAAAAAACUUGAUAGAUUUGAAACCUUAACAAUUGAUCAGGUUUAUUUCUGGUAG